AUGGGCAACACGUACCACCAUCAUAGCGAAGAAAAGAAGCCUUUGAAGUGGUUUGCUUCGCCUUUGGUCGAAGACCAUGUCAAAGAUGACGGCGAGAAGGAACAUCAAAGCCCAGCCAUAACCCGAGAGAAUACACAGUCGGUCCUCGAUAGCGAGUUUCACGAUCCUAAUGCCGAAGCUGGUCUUCAGCUCGAGGUCGAGGUGUGCACGCAAGAGCUGCGUGACAUGCCAUCUUUCAAGCGCCAUGCUGAAGCCACGAAUCAAGAGUUGUUCUUCGAUCUCUUUUUCGUCGCCAACUUGACCACGUUCACUUCGUUGAAGGAGAUCAACGACAGUGCCUCCCUGCGCGCCUACGUCGGGUUCUUUGCCUUGCUCUGGCUCACCUGGUACUCGAACUCGCUCUAUGACGUUCGAUUCACUGCCGAUUGCAUAUUCGAGCGAAUUGCCAAAGCCCUCCACUUUGGUGUUAUGGUCGGAUUCGCUGUCGUCGGGCCUGCUUGGGAGCCUGGAAAGCCUACAAGCUCACUCCAGAAGUACCAAGUGCUCUCAUUCAUCCUCAUGGUGUCUCGUCUGGUACUCGCGGCCCAGUAUAGCGUCACUUUAUUCUUCGUCCGCAAACACAAAAGGACUGUCCUGCCGCUAUCGCUCGUUAUCGGCUCGACGCUCAUCGCGGCACUGAUGUACGGAAGCAUUACUGGUGCUCUACCCAAGGAGACGUGCAACCUGGAGUUAGGUGUCUGCAAGCAGUUCACGACUAAGGUACAUUACGCAUGGUACAUUAUCAGCGCCGCGGAAAUCGUCAUCACUGUUGGCAUCUCGUGCUACUGGCGCGUCAUCUCAUUCAAGGGUACCCACAUCGUGCAGCGCAUGUCGCUACUUACCUUGAUCAUCUUGGGAGAGGGCAUCAUCGUUGUCUGCAAAGCAAUAUCGAAAAUCGUCAAGAAUGGAUCUCAGUUCGAUACUCAGCUAACUGGCCAGAUCGUCUCUUCGGUGUUGAUAAUCUAUCUUCUCUACAUGCUAUACUUCGAUCGCAUGCACGAAGAGCACUUCGGUACGAUCAAGCAGCAAGUCUGGGCUUCACUACACUUCUUCCUCCACAUCAUGCUCGUCCUCGUCCUCCAGGGCGUCUCUUACCUCAUCAUGUGGGUUGUGGCCCUCAUUCGAAUGGACCGUGUCGAUGAGAAGUUCCGCGAAAUUGAAGGGCUCAGCUUGACUGGUGCCUAUGCCAACGGCACCUUCUUCGCCGACGCGCUCCGUCGCAAGAUCGACGUCUACCUGUGGAACACAAUCCCCAAGGGCGUUGAUGCGAGCAAAGCACUCGAGACCUGGAACAGCACUCUGAUCGUCCUGGCGCAGAGCUUCGAUAAUCACCUGACGGACGAGCAGAACUUGACAGCUGUGGACAUGAUCACCAAAAGCUUGAACACCGCAGAAAGCAUGGCGAUCCAGACCUUAUUCGACAGCUUGUCCAUCUCGGUACCAAAGACUGCACCGACGACGGUAGAAGAAGAGCCUAAAAGAAAGUUCUUCGACAAGGCCGCACUCCUCCAGAAGUACGAAACGCGCUUCGAGCUUGUAUUCGACUACGUUUUUCUAUCCGCUGGACUCGCACUUACAUUUAUGGCUAUCAUUGCCUUCGUCUCCCUGCCACCCGUAAAGCGCCAUCUACGUCAAUACGUGCGCCUUCUCACCAUCGUUCUCAUCGGCUUCGCUGUCUGUCUCAUAUGUCUCAUCAAUACGAGCAAGCCGAGUCAGAAGCAUUACAUGGAGAGCAACUGGAUGUUGCCAACUAUUUGUUUGCUCUUCUUCUUUUGCGUUUUGGUUAGCCAUCUGAGGCCUCCAGCUCGGUGGAGAGGAAUUGGAGGACACCACAAGUGGCAUGGGGCUUAG